UCGAUGAUUACCAUGGCUCGCACUAAGCAAACUGCGCGGAAGUCCACAGGCGGAAAAGCCCCGCGGAAGCAGCUGGCAACCAAAGUAGCCCGCAAGAGCGCUCCAGCCACCGGAGGCGUCAAGAAGCCACACCGCUACCGCCCAGGCACCGUGGCGCUACGGGAGAUCCGCCGCUACCAGAAGUCUACCGAGCUGUUGAUUCGCAGGUUACCCUUCCAGCGUCUGGUUCGUGAAAUUGCGCAGGACUUCAAGACCGACCUGCGCUUCCAGACCUCCGCAGUGAUGGCGCUACAGGAGGCGUGCGAGGCCUACCUAGUGGGAGUCUUUGAAGACACCAACCUAUGCGCCAUCCAUGCUAAGCGAGUUACCAUCAUGCCCAAGGAUAUCCAGCUCGCUCGUCGCAUCCGCGGGGAGCGGGCCUAA